AUUACCGACCGCCAACCAAUCCAGUCGUGGUGCACUGACGUCAGUUUUGCGUCGAGCCAUCGGUUUGAGUGAAUUCAAACUUUAGCUCAGAUUUGUGUCCAUGAAGAAGACAAGCGCAGCUCUGUGGAGCUCUGUGGACAGCUUUAGCAGACGUUGAAUUUCACAUGCCGCUGUCACUUUACCUUCAGCUGGUCGUGCCAUUCCUCCCGGGACUGUUUCAGCCACUUUCUGGACCGAAGGAGACCGUUGGGAGCGGACAUUGACGCGGUGUGAAUGUCCAGCAUAGACGACUGACAGCCACCAUGUCAGGUUUAACACUACAGAGCGGUAACCUGAAAGGUCUGGAUGAGGUGGAUAUCCUCGAUCCAGAGUUUCAGCAACGUCUGGAGGAUGCUCGUACUCUGCUCAGGCAGGAGAUCCAGCGGGAGCUGAAGAUCAAGGAGGCUGCUGAGAGAAUGCGGCGGGCCGUCACCAAUCGCAAGAGCGCAGCUGAUGUGGAGGGGCAACUCAAGGCCUCGAAUCGCAAGCUGGAGAAGUUACACUGGGAACUGCAGGAGCUCAAUGCCAGGUCUAUGGCCACAGAGAAGGACAGCACCACAGGAUGCUCAGAGGAAGAAGAGCAGUCAGCAGAGUCAUGUCAGUGGGAAGAGGCCACGUCGCCACUGGUCAGUCGAGUCCGAACCCUGAAGAAACAGCUAACCAUGGAGACCAAAGUCAAACAGGGUGCUGAUAACAUGAUCCAGACAUACAACAACAGCUCAGUCAAGGACAGGAAGAUGCUGUCUACAGCCCAGCAAAUGUUGCAGGACAGCCGCACUAAGAUUGAGCUGCUUCGCAUGCAGAUUAUCAAAGUCAGUCAAGCCAUAGACGGGGAGCGGGAUGGCUCACAAGGUCAUCCUGUGGAGAUGAUCAGUCCUCUGGAGCUGCGGGUGGCUGAACUCAUGCAUCGCAUGAAGAUUGAAUCAGCUGUAGCAGAAGGUGCCAAAAAUGUGGUGAAGCAGCUGAGUGGACGUAAGGUCCAGGACCGGCGCAUACUUGCAGAGGCCCAGGCACGCAUGCAAGAGUCGUCUCAGAAGGUGGAUUUGCUGCGUCUGUCCCUGGAGAGACGUCUAAGUGAGCUGCCUCCAGACAAUCCCAAAUGUGCUGCCAUUAAGGAGGAGCUACUGCUGGGAACGUCCCCUUCCUACGGCACACCAAAGAAGCUAUCCAAGGCUUCGUCUUCUUCCUCCUUCUUCAAACCAGCCAGUCUAACAGGUCGGUUGGAGGUGUGUUUGAUGGGCUGCCAAGAUCUGCUGGAGUCUGUUCCGGGCCGUGGUCGUGUGACCAGCGUCUCGGUCACACCCGGAAACCUUUCAGAUGGAAAGUCUAUGAAGGUGAGAGCCGCCCUGUCAGGACGCAGCACUAAUGGCAAGACAACCAAGGCCGAUGACCUGUCGUCGGAGAUAAGCGUUGUGCUGAAGGUGGACAACAGGAUAGUGGGCCGCUCAAACUGGAGACCGCUGGGUAAUGAGGCCUGCGGCCAAAGCUUCAGCAUCGAACUGGAACGGUCUAGGGAGCUGGAACUUGGUGUAUAUUGGAGAGACUGGCGCGCGUUAAGUGGGUUGAAGUUCCUGCGAUUGGAAGACUUCUUGGAUAACCGCCGACAUGGCAUGUGUCUCCAGCUGGAGCCUCAGGGCAUACUCUUCAUCGAGGUGACAUUUAUCAAUCCUGUCAUUGAGCGGCACUCUAAACUCCAGAGACAGAGGAGAAUUUUCCCCAAAGAAAAAGGGAAGGACUUCCUGCGUGCUGCCCAGAUGAACAUGAACUUUGCCACUUGGGGACGUUUGAUGAUGAGCAUCCUGCCUCCCUGCAGCUCCCUGGAGCCCAUGAGCCCUCCAUUAGCAGCACCUAACACUGGCUCCACAUCAACCACUGCUUCUCCGGCAGGAGAAUCCGCUAUGGUGAGUCUAAAUUUUACAGAAGAACAUCCUGGUAGGUCCCCUCAUUGCACAAGAAAGAACACAAAAGACUCUCCACUGAGCCCAAAGCUCAAACGACAACCCUCGAUUCAUCCACCCCAACAGGACAAACUACUUGAGAUGGAAGACUUCAACUGCAUUUCAGUUCUGGGAAGAGGUCACUUUGGAAAGGUGCUGCUAGCAGAGUAUAAGAAGUCAGGCAAACUGUAUGCCAUCAAAGCCCUGAAGAAAGGAGAUAUCGUGACACGUGACGAAGUUGACAGCCUCAUCUGUGAAAAGAGGAUCUUUGAAGUGAUCAACGCCUCUAAACAUCCUUUUCUGGUGAACCUGUACGGCUGCUUCCAGACAGCAGACCACGUGUGCUUCGUGAUGGCCUACUCGCCUGGAGGAGACCUCAUGACCCACAUUCACAACAACAUCUUCACUGAGAAACAGACCCGGUUCUAUUCAUCAUGUGUGCUGCUCGGCCUGGAGUUUCUCCACCAAAACAAAAUAGUUUACAGGGAUCUGAAGCUGGAUAAUCUGCUCAUGGAUGCAGAUGGGUUUGUCAGGAUAGCAGAUUUUGGCUUGUGCAAAGAAGGUAUGGGCCACGGGGAUCGAACCUCAACAUUCUGUGGCACACCAGAGUUUCUGGCCCCAGAGGUGCUGACAGACAACAACUACACCCGCAGUGUGGACUGGUGGGGGCUGGGGGUCCUUAUCUAUGAGAUGCUGGUGGGGGAGUCUCCUUUCCCAGGUGAUGACGAGGAAGAAGUGUUUGACAGCAUUGUCAACGAUGAGGCUCGCUAUCCUCGCUUCCUUUCUCCAGAGUCUGUGUCCCUCAUUCAAAAGCUGCUGCAGAAAAAUCCUGAAUUGAGACUUGGAGGAGGAGAGGAAGACGCCUCACCAAUCAAAAGACACAGAUUCUUUCAGCCAAUGGACUGGGAUGCCCUCCUGGCCAAAAAGUUGAAACCUCCCUUCCUGCCAAACAUCAAAGCGGCGAAGGACGUCAGUAACUUCGACGAGGAGUUCACUCGCCUCAAGCCGGUCCUCACCCUCCCUCGAACGCCCUGCGUCCUCACCGCCGAGCAUCAAGAAAUCUUUGCUGACUUUGACUUCUCUUUCAUGAGUUGACCGAGUUUACCCUCUGUGCUGCCACCUGACUGGGACAGACUGCUCCUGUUUAUACCUACUUUUAUUCGCCAUAAAACUCGUGAUUGAACAGAAGCUCGACAAGCUGCCGUCCUGCCUUUUUCACACAGUUCCACAUUUCCAGCUGUACAUCACCUCUGUGGCCUUUUUACAGCAACACUACAUCCACCAAAACCAGCCUGUCGCACUUUGACACCACCUUUGACACUUAACAUUUUGUGUUUUGUCCACAUUGAGUUUCAUGUUGUUUCUGUCAUCCAGCAAUAAGAUCAAAAUGUUGAACAUUUACUGUUUGUCACCAGUGUAAUGACCUGUUUUUUCUUUUGAAUUUAUAUAUAUUUUCUUUUUUCUUACAAAUGGACGUUGUUCCAGCACUGCCCUCUCAAUCCAAAGUACCACACUGUAAAUAUUUGUGAUCUUAAUGAAGAGAACUGACUCUGAACCUUCUGUUAUCUGUAACCAUUGUAUGUCCAUCUGUUGUUCUGGGAUGUAAUAUAGCCAGAUUGUUAAUUUAAGUUCUUUCAUAGAUAUUUCUUAGUCUGUACAACUGUAUUUGGAUUUUUAAUGUAAUACCAUCAUGAAGAUUAUGCUGAUAGCUGACAAACCAGCCUAUAUGUGAAGUGUAAACUACAUGAAGAAAAAUAUGAAUGAAUAAAUUUCUAUCUGCUGGACUUGGAAUGACGGAGAAACUCUUGAUGAAACAUUGAUUUAUUGAUGUUUACAGUCAUUUCAGAGUAGUAAAAAACAUUGCAUGACAGUAUUGCAUGUAAUUCAGAAGUACACAACAUGAAUUAAAUGUUAAUUCAUAGAAACCAGAGCUCUCCCCAACUGACCAGAGGGAAUCUGAAGUUUGUCCAACACUACUGCUGUUAAACUCAACACCACACUUAUUGCUGUCUUACAGGGUUACUAUUGCACAAGGAAAAGCUCAAAUGACUCAAUUAAAACAGUCAUACAAAA